GAUUGGUGUGUGUUGUCACAUGAGGCGAUAACAGGAAGCAGAUUUUAGCGUCAGUGAAAUUCUGUUAUUUUGGUUGAAAUAAAUGAUAAUGCGGGUACUCAUAUCAAAAUCACAGAGUAAACUUUAAAUAUAGAUCUUUUGCGAGGCAGGACAGAUGAGUGUGCGUGCUUUGUGGAUUAUUUCUCACGCGAAAGGAGAAAAUGUGUCAAUACGCUUUUCAAGGUCUGUAUUUGCCUUAUUUACUGUUUUAAUUCACUCAGAAUUGUCUUACACAGUCUUCUUUGUCUCUGCUUUCAGCAUAUGUAAUAUAGUUGUUUUGUGUCCUCUCCACACAGGAGGUUUGCAGCUGUGGAGCACCGUGCAAAGUGCCUGGCUGGUCCCUCAUAUGUAGCUGUCCCAGAGGACAACACUGUGCUGCAGCUCCUGCUCACUGAGCUCGGCCUUUCAGACUCAGACAAGCCCUAUGUAGCUGUCAGAGAUGAUUGCUACAAUCGUCAGAGAUCACCAGCCCUGGAGCUGCGCAUGGACAGUCCUGAAAAGGGGAUACUAUGGCCAGUGUUGGCCAUCUCACAGGGCCCUCUCAUCCUAGCUUGCCUGUCUCUGGUGGAUGCUCCUCCUGAGCCACGCCCUCCACUUUCCAGCCUGCUAUCUGUCUCCCAGGGCCUCACACUCCUGGCAGGUUUGCAGACUUUCCUCCUCUCUGCAGGGGUUAAAACAGACAAUGAGGGGCUGGCUUCUCGCCUGGCCAUGCUGCCCUCCGUGCUCCUGCAGAUAUGUCCUCUAGGCACACCCCUGGAUGUGCCAUUACUGGGGGCACCUGCUACACCUGCAGCACUUGCUCCUGCUGGAAACCAGAAGCAGCCAGCCUGGAAAAUGGGGCUCCAUCGGGGUCGAGCUGUGGUGAACGUAGCACUGGUAGAAACAGUACGCUCCAUGCAGUAUGGUAACAGGAGCAGACAGGACCUGUGGGAUGUUUUUGGCACUGUGACAUGCAAAGUAAGAGCACAAUGGAAACUCAAGCAUAUUAUGUUGUUACUUUUCCCAUUCGUCUGCCUAACUGCCUGUUUUUUCCCUUUUGCGUAACAGUGUGAAGUGGAAGGAGUACUGCCAAAUGUAACAGUGACCCUUACACUUCCACCUAAUGGUUCUCCACUACAGGACAUCCUGGUUCAUCCUUGUGUCACCUCUCUGGACUCCAGUAUCCUCACUUCAUGCAGUGUAGACAACUAUGAUGGCUCAGCAUUCUCAGGGCCGUAUAAGUUCCCUUUCUCUCCUCCUCUGGAGCCUUUCAGACUGUGCAGCUAUACAUCUCAGGUAUAAAAUACACUUAAUGGCAUACCUUUAAUCCCACACACUGUUGCUUCUGUUUCAAACUAAUGCCAUUUUUCCUCAGGUUCCCGUCCCUCCUAUCCUUGGUUUGUACCAACUUAAGGAAGAGGAGAACCAUCUGCGUGUGUCGGUAACACUCAAGCUUCAUGAGAGUGUGAAGAACAGCUUUGAUUAUUGUGAAGCACACCUGCCUUUCUUUAACAGGUAAUCAGCACAAUCGAUAAUUUACAAGAACUUUGCAUCUGUCAGUGUUUGUUUCCUGUGCGGCGAAGAGUUUUAAGGCUCCAAGAAUGAUGGCUUCUUAAACCCAUCUUUAAUUUAUGCUUGGAGGCUGAUAUUUUUAAUCAUACAAAGAGUCACUGUUCUGAUUUUUAAGCAGGUUAAAUUAUUUAUUUCUGCUGUUCUGGCAAACUAGGAUGAAAUGUACAAUGGUCAUAACAUGAUUGGCAUGUUUUAUGAUAUCUCCAUCAUUUUUAAUGGCUAAGGCUGAUUCAUAUGGCUGUAUCCCUCAUUAUAAGAACAUUUCUUUAGUAAAGUGAGUGUGGCAGUAAAACUGUUGUACAUUUGAUACUGUAACUCAACUAAACUGAGCAAAUGAGUCCUUUCAACAGCAAAGUAAUAAACACAUCACCUCAAUAAGCAUAAUCUGAAAGUCUUGAAUCAAAGUCAAUCACAUGAUUUGGACAAUUUAACGAUCUGACUUCAGAAAUGCAUGAACAGUUGUUUUCAUCUGCAGAUUUUUUUUUAGAGAGGAGAGCUGAUAAAAAUCUGUUUAAAUGCCUGCAUUUUUAAAUGCCCAUGACUUGACUUUGAUGAGCAUGUGUGCUAACUCUUACAUGUGGAUUCUGUACAGGGAUCAGAUGGGUCUUGUGGAUAUGAAAGUCAGUUCUGGACAACUUGAUGUGUCGAAGGAGAAGAACCUACUGGUCUGGGGUCUAGGUACACAUAGUGGUCUUAUACACCCAUGUAAAAAAAAAAAAACUAGCAUAUGAUGUUUAAAACAAAGCUGAAACACAAGCAUUUUUCCUUUGCUAGGACAAAAGUUCCCUAAAUCUCGUGAGGUCACAAUGGAGGGCAAGAUCACCUUUUCAGGGCCAACACCAGGACCCACUGACCCCCUCUGCAUUGGACUUACAGCCUAUGUCAAAGUGAGUUGAAAUCUGUGUUGCUUUUGCUCAAGAAACAUUUAGGAUGAUUUUUUUUAACACACCAUGCUUUAUCUGAUGCUCAAAGAUGUGUGGUUAAAUGUAGAUGUAUUGGUGUAUAUUCAGGUGGUCAUAGCUUUUUAUUAACACCCUUCUGUUUUCCUCACAGUUGUAUUUCAAAGUGCCUGACAUGACGCUCUCUGGGUGCUGUGUGGACCAGCACUCAGUGCAGGUCUAUUCCUCUGCCAAACCACGGAUUACAACAUGUAAGCUUAAGUAAUUUUGAAUUAAUAUACUUGUUGUAUGAACCUGUUCUAAAGCCAAAAACACGUUCUCUCUGUUUUAUUUCCAGCACGGGAACUUGUGUCCAAAGAAUACUUUCUAUGGAAUUCAACAGGAACUGCUCCGGUAUCUUCUGGGCAGAUGAUGCUGUAGUAUCUGGAAGACUUCAAUACACUGUGGAUGGACUGAAGAGCACUUAACACAAAGGUCCAAAUUGGAAAUGCAGAUGGGUGUGUUAGAAAUGGGAAAAAAAUGUAAAAAGAAAAGACAAUUGUUGACGAGUUAAAUUUUGUAGCACUUUCAUAAAAGCCGGAAUCAUAUAGAAAAAUGUGAUUUGCAGAAGUAUUGAUUCAGUUAGUGGAUGGAUACCUUUACCUUUUUUUUAAACCUUUUCCUGUAGCCCAACUUCUUUUAUUCCCUGACCCUCACCCUCCCUCAAAUUUAUCCCACUGCAGACACAAGGGCCACCCCUCGCUCUGACAGUCCCACUUCAGUGACUCUCCAUCAGCCGGAUAAUUAGCAGCUGGGGCCUUGUCAUCAGCUGUUGUGGGCCUGGAUGAGAGGGGCGGCUGGGCUGUGAAAGGCCAGGCUCCUCUGGCCAGUGUCUUGGCUACAAAAGGCUCCUCUUUUUGAGCCAGCGGGAGUCCUCCUCCUUCCCCUCCACCCUCUUUUGACCCUAUCCCCGCCCUGUCAACUAGUGGCUGGUUCAAACACACAACCUCUCUAAGCAGACUGUGAUUGAGCGUUGACCCUCUGGCCCUUGAGACUUGAAAGCAGCCGGUCACAUUCAGAGAGCUGUACCUGCCUAAUUGGUGAAAAAGUCACAAGGGUGGAAAUCACAAAGGUGGUUGCCUCUUGAUGUUGUAAAGGUGCUUCAACUCAAUUAAUGUGUAACUCUAAGUAAAUUAUUUUAAUGAUUAUUGUGUCACAAAAUCCAGGAAAGACCUCUCUUUGUGGUCAUAACCUUUGGUCGUUUACUUUUUACCGUCACCGUAUGAACUAUGACAAGUUUUAUACUGUCUCUGUUACACCUCCACUGUGAAAGCCUCACCUCAGUGUUUUCGGUUGAAAGAAUAACCAGCAGAGGAAGGGUUAAAUCCAAGAAGAUUGUGGCCCACUACUCUUCAGCAGCCAGACUCCUCUGAGUGCCCUCAUUGUCUGCUGUUGGCCUCUUGUGCCCCUUGCUGGUCCAAACGCAACAUUCUCACGUGGAUUUCCACUCUGAAGGCUGACCAUGACCAAUCCUCUGUCAAUUGGAACCAAUUGCUCACACGGCAUCCUUCACCUUCUUUUUAUGUUGCAGGACGGAGUGGCAGACACCGAGACCUCUCGGCUAUCCCCCUCCACCGUGAUUUGGCUUUAAGGCCCAGUGUGUGUGGUUAGCGAACUGGAAAAGUAGAAGUUUUUUUUGAAGACUUGGGCCACUCUAAAUCUCCUCAGUAUCCCAAUAUGUGGCCAGUCUGGCUCCUGAAGUCUGCAGUCAGUGGCCUCUCACUGGCAGACUUUGCUUUGUUGAUUGAAUGGAUGGUUAAGUACAAGGACUCGUUUUAAUGUGAUGCUCUGCUCCAGUGCCUUCAGAUCAUACCUUUGGAUCUUUAGUAUCAGUGUUUUUAAGCACCAGUCUUUUUUAUUAUCUAAAACACUUUUUCUUUUUUGUAUACACAUACAGGAAAUAAAUGAACACUUUUGUACAAUUAUGAAAACUCUUUCUCACAUAGGCAACAAUAAAUUUAUUAAACUGAAGAUUGGUUUUUAAACAUGUUUCUAAAAUGUGUAAUGUAGCCUUAAAUACACACAUGAGCUCCAAAUAUAUGUCAAUAUAAAAAAAAGGUGCACUAUUAUAGACACUGCAGCUGCCAUCUACUUAGAUAGUAACUUAACUGAAUCUCUCUGCCCAAUAAUGACACCCAGUGGUCGAGUACAAUAAAGCUAAUGUUAGACUGCUU